AUGACUGAUCUCACAACUGCAGAAUAUGACUAUGACCAGACUUCCACAGAUUACUACAGUGAUGACUAUGAAGAUGAAAUGUGCGUCAAGGAAGAGGUUCAGAAGUUUGGAGCGAUAGUCACGACCGUGUUCUUCUCUGUGGUGAUCAUUUUCAGCGUGCUUGGGAACAUAUUGGUCCUUGUGAUCCUGGUGAAGUACGAGAACCUGAAGUCCAUGACCAAUGCCUUCCUACUGAAUCUAGCCUUGUCCGACCUCAUAUUCACCUUGGGGCUGCCGAUUUGGGCCUUUGACGAAAUCUACUCCUGGGUGUUGGGCGAGACUGCUUGCAAAGCCGUGAGCUUCAUCUUUGAUGUGGGCUACUACAGCAGCAUCAUCUUCUUGACCACCAUGACCAUCCACCGCUACAUGGGUGUAGUCCACCCCAUGUCCGUGGUCACCUCUAGAAAGAGCUUCUACUGCGUGGUCACGUCUUCUGUCGUGUGGGUGGCCAGCUGCCUGGCUGCCACUCCGGCCCUUCUCAAGUCCAUCUAUGUCAAUAACAAUUUCAACACCACGCAUUGCACGUAUGAAGACAGCAGAUGGAAACUGGUGGAGACUUAUCAGCGAAAUGGUUUUUUUCUCAUUUCUUUUGCAGUCAUCGCUUUUUGCUACACCCAGAUCCUUCUACGACUCUUUCGGCCCAAUUCCCACACCAGGCACAAGACCGUGCGGCUCAUCCUCAUUAUUGUGGUGUUCUUCUUCCUGGGCUGGGCGCCCUAUAACGUGGCCCUGUUCCUGCAGUCUCUGGUGUUCUGGGAGCUGAAGCCUUUCAACGACUGUAGCGUCAGCACCACGGUGGACUAUGUAUUUUAUGUGGGUCGUCUGGUGGCCUUCUCCCACUGCUCCCUCAACCCCAUCUUCUACAUGUUUAUGGGCACCAAGUUCCGCAACCAUCUGAAGAAGCUUCUGAGAUCCGGCCAACACCCUCCAGCUUGA